UAAAGUAGCAGAAGUGGAACUGGAAACUCAAGAGGAAGAAAAAAGCGGCUGUGAGCUGUACCUUCGGCGUUAUUUGCUGUCAACCACUUCUCCAUCAUCAGAUGACCCUUGCCCUUGAUGUUUUCUGACUCUUUCCAGAUCUUUAAUGCUUUAAACUAUAUUUUACAACCCAAAUAUCUCAAAUAGAGCCAACCCACAAGAACAGAAAGAACAAGUGUAGGGGGGAGAUCUCUCCCUUUCAUAUAUACAUAGUAAACAAAAAUGGAGUUGAAUCGGGUUUCUGUAUUUGUCUUCUUCUUCUUCCUGUUGAUGGUUGUCUUUGCUCCUCGUUCUUUUGCUUCCAGUUUUAUUUCAGAUUCGGUUUUUCAAUCCCAUGCUUCCACAGGCAGGAAUCUGCUUCAGGCUAAGAAAGCCUGUCCAUUAAACUUUGAGUUUCUGAACUAUACGGUCAUCAUAAGCCAAUGUAAAGGACCUCAGUAUCCUCGUGAUCGCUGUUGUUCAGCAUUCAAGGACUUUGCUUGUCCAUACGCAGAUGUUUUGAAUGACUUGACCAAUGAUUGUGCGUCAACCAUGUUCAGCUACAUUAACCUCAAUGGAAAAUACCCACCUGGCCUUUUUGCUAGUGAAUGCAGGGAAGGGAAAGAGGGGCUAGCAUGCCCUGCGAUACCACCAUCACAGUCAGCUAAUGCUAGUGGGAGUCCGAUUAUUUGUGUUCCAUCCCUACUGCUUGUGCUCACAUCUAGCUUCCUAGCGCUGUUAGUUCACUUACUUUGAAGGCUCAAAAUGUUGAUUCUAUUUUAUUAUCCAAUAAUUGAAUUUUCCUUUUAACCAUGGCGGAGUGCAUUACCUUCAUUAUAAUUUCAUUGUGCUAGAGUUAAAUUCAUCCAUCAGGCAUUGUGAAAAAUUAAUCUGUAUAUUGGUUUGUUAUUUGCCACCCCAAGUGGUAGGAUAUAGUGCUUGGUUGUAUUAGAGUGAUGAAUGAUUCAAUUCUUAGAAUCAUAUAUACUUCAAACUUUAAAUACAAGGGCUCGUCCAGUUUUAUUUGUUGAA